AUGGCAUCCCAGAAGCCAUGUCAUACGUCUGGGGCGAAGAUGAAACGACAGCGGAUUUUAGUCAACCAAAAACCGUUCUCUAUCAGGACGAGCCUCUGCGAAGCCGCAUUUCGCGAUGGAAAAGAGCCUUCUGGUCCCUCCUGGGUUCUUGACUUUGUCUACUCUAACGCAAGUCAUCGUACCUGUAACUCAGCAAGGAAGGUGUCGGAUCGGGAGACAUUGGAUGGAUAUCUUUUCCAGAAGCAAGUCACACGCAUCCAGUCCGAGGACGCCACUAAAAGUGUAUGCUAUGCUACCCCGACAACUCUAUUUUGCACGGGGUACUUCAUAGAUCAAGUCAGCGGGGUAGGCGAGAUACUAAGCGUAGACGAGGAUCCAGUUAAGUAUAUGGUAGACUUCAUACUUAGUAUCUACCUCACCCGACAGUCAAUACUAGGCUUGGCUGUUCCAUCAGACUACAUAAACAACCUAAUGAAGGGAGAUUCAGAAACUUCACUCAUGUUUUAUUCCUGGCUAGACCUCUUCACUUUGCAACAAGAGGAUCAUAGAUUGGGAGGAGAUAUCAAAGAGCUUUAUAAGACUCAGAACCUCGAGCUUGCUGGAAAAGAUCAAGUCCUUGCCUAUUUGUCGUUUCCAGAUUGUUUAGCGAGUCUCUUAAACCAGGCUGAAUGUUGGUAUAUUCAGGUUGGUCCCAAAGGCGUAUAA